UUACGGCCACGUAAUGCCAGAGCAAAAGCAUUCGUUGUUUUUAUUUAAUUUUAUAUAAAAAAUGUUAAAAAUUUACUUUACUAACCUACAAAUAGUAAUAUUUAUAAGUUUAACUAUCAUCCUAGUAUCAAAGUUCGUAACUGGCGUUAGAAAAUACACAAGAGAAGAUGUGAUAAAAUUUAGAGAAGAAGUUCGAGCCGAGUUUCAACAUGCAUACGAAGGAUAUUUGAAGUAUGCAUAUCCUUUCGAUGAACUUCGUCCAUUGAGCUGUGAUGGUGUGGACACAUGGGGGAAAUACUCCUUAACACUAAUCGACUCCCUUGACACACUAGCUGUUAUGGGAAAUUACUCCGAGUUCCGUAGGGUAGUGAAUUUAUUAAAAGAAAAAAAGAAUUUCGAUGCCGACAUCAAUGUUUCAGUUUUCGAGACUAACAUUCGAAUAGUCGGCGGGCUACUUAGUGCACAUUUAAUGAUGAACAUAGCAGGCGCUGAGCUGGAACCAGGAUGGCCGUGUAACGGACCUCUGUUGAGACUAGCUGAGGAUGUUGCAAAGCGAUUACUGCCGGCAUUUAAUACGAGGACAGGAAUGCCAUACGGAACAGUGAAUCUGAGGCAUGGUGUGCCACCGAAAGAAACAACAAUUACAUCUACAGCAGGCAUUGGGACAUAUAUCGUCGAAUUUGGGACGUUAAGUCGUCUCACUGGUGACCCUGUGUACGAAGAAACGGCGUUGAAUGCGUUAUAUGCAUUAUUUAAUCACAGAUCUCCCAUAGGAUUGUUCGGAAAUCAUGUAGAUAUACAAUCAGGACGAUGGACUGCUCAGGAUGCUGGUAUUGGAAGUGGAAUAGAUUCGUAUUAUGAAUAUUUGGUGAAAGGUGCUAUUUUGUUGAAUCGUCCGGAGCUGAUGGUGAUGUUCAAUGAAGGAAGAAAAGCAAUCGACAAGUACCUGAAAAAAGACGACUGGUUUGUGUGGGUUAGCAUGAACAAGGGUCAAGUAACGUUGCCAGUAUUCCAGUCAUUAGAAGCCUUUUAUCCAGGCGUUUUAAGUUUAAUAGGAGACACCAAUGCAGCAAUGCGUAGUUUACAUAAUUAUCAUACUGUGUGGAAACAGUAUGGAUUCCUUCCAGAAUUUUACAAUAUUCCAAAUGGUGAAGCUGCCAAUGGGAAAGAAUCAUAUCCACUAAGGCCAGAGCAUAUUGAAUCAGCGAUGAUUUUAUAUCGAGCGACGGGUGAUCCAUUUUUACUAGAGGUUGGAGAGGAUGCUCUCAGAAGUCUUCAGUACUCCGCGAGAACUGAAUGCGGCUAUGCUACAAUAAAAAAUGUCAAGGAUCACAGAAAAGAAGACAGAAUGGAGUCAUUUUUCCUAGCAGAAACACUCAAAUAUUUGUAUUUGCUCUUCGAUCCGGAUAACUUUUUGCACAAUGAUGGAAGAGAAGGCACCAUCAUUAAUACCCCGAAUGGCGAAUGUAUCAUUGAGUCCGGAGGCUACAUUUUCAAUACUGAGGCUCAUCCAAUGGAUCCAGGUGCCUUGCGUUGUUGUCACGAAGUAAGUCACGAAUAUCCGUUGGAAGGGUACGAUCCAGAUGUGGUGAUUGGCGAAAAAUUUGUCGAACGCCCACGCCACAAAAAAGUAGAGAAACCAAAACCAGUACAACCUCCACCUGUGGUAGAUCAACUUGAGAUCACGAUCGAAGAGCUUCAGCAGUUCUUAGAAAAUGCCAAAAAACUUAGUGAAUUAGAACAGAAGACGGCAAAUAGUACGCAGAAUGUGUCGAACGACGACAGUAUUAUUCUUGCUGUCGAAGCCCAACAAAAUGAAAAGGAAGACCCAAAUAUUCAGGCACCAAAUAUUCCAAAAAGUAAAAAUGGCGAGGAUGCAUUGCCAGAAGUUUUGAAAAAACGUCUCGAAAAAAUGAAGGAACAACUGAAAAAGGUAUCGGAAAUAUCUGCCGAAGCAAUGCAGAAACAGAAGAACCUCAACACCAAUGAAAAGACUGAUAAUAUCGUGAAACCCGAUGAAUCAGAUGUAGAAAUAGUCAAACUUCCUAAAGAAACUGCUCGCGAUGCGGACGAUCAAAGUGCCACACAAGCAAAACGUUAUGCUACCGAAAGUGCUAAAACAGAUACUCAGCAAGCUGCAGCUCAAGCAACCACCACCACCACAGCCAAUGAAUUUAGCAACAACAACAAUAACAAUAGUGAUAAUUACACAAUCAUUUACAAGGAAAAUCUGUCGAACGGUGGCGUUGUGAUGGACGAAAAAGUGAUGAUGAAUAAUCUGAUGAACGACUCAAUUACCAACAAUUCGGUGUUUCAGGAAUUUGUACAAACAAUUAUCAAAGUCACCGGACGAUCUAACACAUUCGAUCCUCAAACGUUCUUAGAACACAUUCGGACGCAUGGUGUCUAUCGUAACGAAUCGUGGAGCCAACAAUAUCAAUUAUUGCGAUGUAAAGCCCAACCGUUCUUACAGCGCCUCUCAGUCCUCGGCCAAUUCUUCUACUGACAUUUCCUCAAAUUGUAUAUAGGCAAAUAAUACAUUUAAUCGAUAAUUAAAAAAAACUCA